AUGGAAAACAAAGGAUUCGAUUCAGAUGGUAGCUAUGCGAUGAAAGAGCCCGAGCCUAACGGAAAGCUGGACGAUGACACUGUCGUCAAAGUAUUGGACGACGACGCUGCCGUCAAAGUAUUGGACGACGACGCUGCCGACAGUUUGAACGAACAGUACGUCGGGCUGACACGUGACGAGCUGCUGGAGUAUUCUACGAAGACUAGUUGGGUGGUAGCACGAUGGACUAUCAUUGUACUACUAGUGCUUGGAUGGAUUGGUAUAUUGAUUGGGGCGACGUACAUCAUGGUGACCACGCCCCGAUGCUUGCCAUGGUGGCAGACAACAGUCAUUUAUCAGUUGUAUCCACGAUCUUUCAUGGAUUCCGACGGCGAUGGCAAUGGUGAUCUAAAAGGUAUUGAAGAUAACAUGGAAUACUUUAAAGAACUUGGAGUCAAAGCAGUUUGGAUAAAUCCGAUAUAUGUAUCACCUAAAGUGGAUAACGGAUAUGACGUAUCAAACUACUACGAGAUCGAUCCAAUGUAUGGCGAUAUGACAGAUUUCGACCGUCUGUUAUUGUCCCUCAAACGGGAAGGAAUGAAAGUAAUAAUGGAUUUUAUUCCAAAUCAUUCAAGUGAUGAGCACGAGUGGUUUAACAAAAGUCGUCAAAGUAAAGACAAUGAUUUCAAAUCACAUUAUAUAUGGGCGGAUCCGAAAAAUAGUGAUGGUGAUUGUCCAAAUAACUGGCGGAGUGUAUGGGGUGGAAGCGCCUGGACAUACGAAGAACGUCGCAACCAGUAUUACCUACACCAGUUUGACAAAAGCCAGCCAGACUUGAAUUGGAGAAAUGACGAAGUGAAAGCCGAAUUUGACAAUAUCCUUGAUUUCUGGCUGAAGAAAGGUGUUGAUGGUUUUAGGGUCAGUGCCGUGCAGUUACUGUUAGAAACAGACAAUUACAGCUUGGAUGAACAACCCUCAGGAACAAACGAUUGUCUGGGAUUUGAGAAUGACGAGUAUUGCACUCUGCAUCACAACUUAACGAAAGAAUACGAGGGGGUGCAUGACAUUGUCAAGUCAUGGAGAUCGGGUGAAAUGAACCACUACUCGACUACAGGUGCAUAUCGUUUCCUUACCGUUGAAGCGUACGACGAUGUUGAUGUCGCGGUAACCUAUUAUGGCGAGUCUGAAGAAGAGGGAGAAGAGGAAGCCAAUUUCCCACACCACUUGAACUUUUUGCAGAUUGGUGACGAACUAUCUGGAGGGACAACCUCUGGAAAACAAAUUGAAGAGCUGGUAUUGAAGUGGAUAGAUGCGGUACCGGAGGGAAGACACCCUAAUUUCUUGCUCGGCAACCACGAUCGUUCCCGCAUUGCCUCACGAUUAGGCCCGGACUUUGCCCGUGUCUGUCACGUGUUGUUACUCACGUUACCAGGUACCCCGACGACAUAUUAUGGUGAAGAGAUUGGCAUGGUGGAUCUAACUGGUUAUGAAGACAAAUCCAAGUUCGAAAAACGAGACAGGGCAAGAUCUCCGAUGCAAUGGUCUGACGAAGUAGGUGCCGGGUUUUCUAACUCCUCUGAUACAUGGUUACGAAUUGGCGAUGACUACAAGGAGGUCAAUGUAAAGGCGCUGAGAGAGCAGCCAGAUUCGAUUUUCAACCUAUACCGUGAGUUAGUGGCGUUACGCAAUGACAACGAAAGAGUGAUACCAGUUGGUAAAUUGAAAACAGUGUUAGUUGAUAAUGAUAUCUUCUCAUAUACUAUGGAUGCAACUCUUGAUGGCUACAAUCGCUACCUGAUCACUACAAAUUUUGGCCCACAGCUGCGGACGAAUUUGGACUUUCACGCAUUGGACGAGUCUAUACCGAUAGAGGCACCGAUCGUAAUCAGUAGUAACAUGAAUCGGAACGGUCAAAUUGUACAGACAAAUGCAGUAGACCUCGCGUCCGGUGAAGGACUCGUCAUACAAGUUUGA